AUGAGGGGUGUCAGAGGAGGAGGUGGCAAAGGAGGAGACUUUGGAAAACAUGUCGACUCCGCAAAUAAUCGUCCUCUUAAUCCUCGAGAAGAAUGCUUGUUUUCGACUCCAGCUGCAAUUGUGCACCUUGUUGAUGAGCAACAGAACCCUCGAUUGGCAACUGACCCCUUCUCAAUCGUCCGCAUUACUCAAAAGGGCAACGGCAGUGUUGUGAUUGUGCGUGUUGGAGAGGACUUGCAUUGGCCUUUUGAUGGUGAUCGCUUAGUAACGCUGAAUUACGGAGUGACGUUUCCGGACCAUAAGGAUCAUGAGAAAGAGUUCAAGCAGUUAGAUGAACUAUUAUCUUUGCACAGUUCCUUUUCAUCUCCAACCCUUGUACAUGGAGAUCAACAAAAAAACAAGUUUAUUCAGAAUACGCAACAGUUGCCAUUACAUGAGAAAGGGAACGAAUUCGUUGCUCCUUCAGCCAAACCAGAUAGAAAGUAUGGUGGUCAAGGAAGUAUUAUGAAGUGA